AUGGUCAAAGUAACUUAUAGAGACGAAAUACUCGCCGAGGACUCCAAUCCUGUCGUGGUGGAGGGCAACUACUACUUCCCCCCUGCGUCCGUCAAUAAAUCAUUCCUCGCUCCCUCGGACACAAGCACUGAAUGUCCUUGGAAAGGGACAGCAUCGUACUAUUCUGCACAGAUUCAUGGUGACACUGUGAAAGAUAUCGCAUGGUACUAUCCGGAUCCAAAAACCAAAGCAUCACAUAUCAAAGAUUAUGUCGCAUUCUACAAGGCAAGGUUGUCUUCAUGGGUCCUUCUACCACUCUAA